AGGAGAGAGGACUCGAAAAAACUACUUGGGGAAGAAGGGAAGCCAUGGAAGAACCUCCGACCUCGCCGCCGCCGCCGCCGCCGCCCCCGAUCGGCGACCCGUUGACCAACCCGUCCGCCUCCUUCUCGUCCCUGGACGACCUCGCCCACGAGCUCGCGUCCCUCGAGGACCUCGCCAGCCGCGGCUCAUGGCGAUCCGUCCUCGACAAGGUCGCCCGCGCCCGGUCCCUCUCCCUCCUCCGCCACCCCCACGACCACCUCGCCUACCUCUCCUACAACGCCCUCGCCCUCGCCAAGCUCCGCCGCUUCGCCGACGCCUCCGCCGAGCUCGAGUCCCUCCAGGAUCUCGAGUCCCCCGAGUACAAGUACGAGUCCUACCCACAAAUCUACCCGGGCCGGUCCGGCUCGAUGGUGCCCUUCUGCCUCCGGUGGCUGAACUGCGUGAUCCCGAUCAAGUUGGGCAGCCGCCAGGAGGGGUUGGAUCGGUUCUACGCGCUUCUGGAUUUCGUCAGAGGGAAAUUGGAGGAGAGAAGGAACAAGGGUUCGUCCGAGGAGGACGAGUCGGUGAGGGCUUGGAGGAGGAGGGAGGUUUUGGUGAUGAAUAGCAUUGUGGGUAAUCAUUUGAGUUAUAAGGAGUUCAGUGUGUGCUUGGAUUUGAUCAGGGAUAUGUUCAGGAGGGGUUAUUCGGAGGACCCGGUUCUGGUGUCGAGGUUGGGGUAUAUUCAGAUGCAGAUCGGGGAUCUGGAGGGCGCGAAGAGCUCGUUUAAGCAGAUCGAGGGGAUGGCGAGCGAAGGGAAGGGUCGUGGGUCACUGAGUGAGGUUGAGCUGAAGAAUCUUGUGAAUAGAAAUAAGGCCAUGUUGUAUUUGGUGGGGAAGGAUUAUGUGUCGGCUGUGAGGGAGUAUGAGGAGUGUAUUGAAAGAGAUGAUUCGGAUGUGGUGGCGAUCAACAAUAAGGCGCUUUGUUUGAUGUAUUUGAGGGACUUGUCGGAUUCAAUUAAGGUGUUGGAGAACGCGCUUGAAAGGGUUCCUACCUUUGCCUUGAAUGAGUCUGUGGUGGUGAAUCUGUGUAGUAUGUAUGAGUUGGCAUAUGUCAAUCAUUCGGAUAUUAAGAAGACUUUGAGCACUUGGAUUGCGCGAGUGGCUCCAGAUGAUUUUGAUUCAUCGUGUACCAGGAUUUGAUGGGAAAGCAGCAGAAAGAAAAUCUUUUUGGGUAACAAUGCAAAUGGCAAGCACUUAAAAGAGGAUGUUUGGAUAAUAUCAAUGUGGCGGAAAAGCUGAAAACUAAAGGGGGUGUCGUGCAUUGGAAAACAAAGUUACCUUGCCGCUAGCAGUCACUGCCUCCAACUUUUGGGGGAAUGGUGUGAUUUCCACAUGUUGUAGACUGUCUAUAUUGACGAUAGUGAUUUUCAAGAAAAGUUCGAUGGCUGAGUCAAGGAACAUUUUGGUUGGAUGUUACUAGCAUGGGAUCAGCAAGUACAUAAGUGACAUUGUUUGAGCUCAUUUUUUUUUUUUUAUUGUUGCUGACAAUCUUUUCGAUAAUCUGCAGAACAAGGAUUGUUGAUGACAACAUAUGUAUGCAAUGUGCACAGACCGCGAAAAUGGAUUUCACUCUUUUAUCUCUCCCUUCUUCACCUUCUCUAUAGCAUGCGGAUGAAUUGGCAUGAAAAUGUUUUAUCCAGUGUAAAUGUGCACCUAGACUAGAGCAAAAUUCACGGUGAAGACUUUUUUUGAGGAUCUUAAGUAGAGUAGUCGCUGCAAAAGUAGCAUUUUAGACGGCAUGUACAGAGGAAGAGUGCUCCCGCCUUAAUGCGCAGGCUUUCUCUAGAUUUCAUUUGAAUGGAGUAACAAACAUGAGUUCUCCUUUAAAUUGUACCUUUUCACAUUGAUUAUACUUUACCUACCGUCGCUCUUUCGGGUCAAGCUUAAGGAGAAGAGCACCGACAUUCGUUU